CAAAAUCUUUCUCUUGCGAAAGCUUUCCGAACAUGGCCGACAAAAUUCCCGAAGCUCUACCUCCUUUUCCUCAUUUUGGCACGAUAGCCAUACACGAAGGUCAAGAGCCUGAACUAUGGAAUUCCAGAGCUGUAGUUCCUCCAAUUUCUAUGKCUACUACAUUCAAACAAGACGGACCUGGCCAGCAUAGGGGAUUUGAGUAUUCAAGAUCAGGAAAUCCAACCAGACAAUGCUUUGAAAAAUGUGUUGCAGGUCUGGAAGGAGCCAAAUAUGCUUUUGCAACAUCUUCUGGCUUGGCUGCAACCAUGCUCAUUGCACAUUUGAUGAAGAGCGGCGACCACAUUGCUUGUGUAGAUGAUGUUUAUGGAGGAACAAACCGCUAUUUCAGCAGAGUAAUGACAAGCUCUAUGGGAAUAGAAGUMACYCUCAAUGACUUCACAAACCUGGAAAAYGUGAAAAAAGCAAUAAAGCCAAACACUAAGUUUGUUUGGGUAGAGACGCCAACCAACCCCCUAUUGAAGCUGAUCAACAUCAAGGCAGUGGCAGAAAUUGUUCAUCAACAUGAGGGUGUUUUAUUGGUUGUGGACAACACAUUUUCUUCAUCAUAUUUCCAGAGGCCACUKUCCCAUGGAGCUGAUAUCGUAAUGCACUCKGUCACUAAAUACAUGAACGGGCAUUCUGAYGUUGUGAUGGGGGUCAUUGCUACUAGCAAUGAUCAAGUUGCAGAGAAAUUGAAAUUUCUUCAAAAUGCUGUUGGUCCUGUGCCGAGCCCAUUUGACUGCUAUCUGGCCAAUCGUGGCCUCAAAACGUUACACGUACGAAUGAAGCAGCAUGGUGCUAAUGCUUUUGCUGUUGCUAAGUUCUUGGAGAAAGAUAACAGAUGUUUGAAGGUUCUGUACCCAGGACUGGAGUCCCAUCCACAGCAUGAUUUAGCCAAACAGCAAAUGACCGGCUUUGGAGGAAUGGUGACAUUUUACAUCAAAGGUGGUCUUGCUCAGGCCCAGGAGUUCCUCAAGAAAGUCAAGAUAUUGACCAGGCAUUAUCAGCUGCGAUGCUUGUCAAGAAUUGAAUUUAGACUUGGAUGAAAUCUGGACAAGAAAUAGUACAAUAACCAUAUUUAUCAAGGGGUAGUCGGAGUGUAAAAAAGCAUUUUUAACAAUAUUCUUAGCAUCAAACUUAUUACUAUUUAUAGAUUUAGUUGAAAAUAGCUAAAUAUUGGUUUCAUUGUACUUAUUUUCCAUUCAGAUUUCAAUAAAGUUAAACUGGCCUGAA